UCUAAUAAAAGACAAGGGUAGUGGACAUUCACAAAAGCCUUUUGGUCCUAACCCAUAAGCCACACAUUCAGCCAGGUAACCAGGAUGCCAGAACCAACUAAGAAAACAGUAUCAUCCUUCAGCAAGAAACCCAAAAGUCAGACUGCUGAGCUAAGGGCUGUGGUAAUCUUUGAAGCAGAGACAGAGAAGGCAGAUGCUAAAGUAAGAUGGCAACGGGAUGCGAAGGACAUCACAGUCAGUGACAAAUACACAAUAAUCGCAGAGGGCAACAAGCACUCGCUCACCAUAAACAAUGCCGGCCCAGAAGAUGUGGCAGAAUAUGCUGUUAUUGCUGGGACCUCGAAAGUUAAAUUUGAGCUUAAGAUCAGAGACGCAGAAGCCAAGGCACCAGCCAAGGCACCAGCCAAGGCACCAGCCAAGGCACAGCCUGCUGCUCCGGCUGCUGUAGAGUCCCCGACAGAUGCAGCGCCCCCUGUUGGUGCUCCAUCAGUCACCCCUCCAGCCACUGAGCAUCCUGCUGGGUCUCCAGCAGUACCGGCCAAAGCUUCAGAUGCCAACGGCCAUGCCCCAGACCCUGGAGCUCAUGAUGAAAGCCAUCAUUCUGACACUCGGCAGGAUCUGACAGGACUUUUCACAGACAAGCCUCAGAGUGGAGAGGUGAAUACGGGAGAGAACAUCACAUUUGUGGCGAAGGUGUGUGCUGAGUCCCUGCUGAAGAAACCCACAGUCCGCUGGUUUAAAGGCAAGUGGAUGGACCUGGCCAGCAAGUCAGGAAAGCACCUGCAGCUGAAGGAGCUCUAUGACCGCAACUCCAAGGUCUAUACCUUCGAGAUGCACAUCAUUGGUGCCAAGCCUAACUUUGCUGGAGCGUACCGGUGCGAGGUAACAUCCAGAGACAAGUUUGACAGCUGCAAUUUUGAUCUGAUUGUACACGAUGCCCGAACAGCGGAUGGGUUUGAUAUUCGCACAGCUUUCAGACGCACGAGCGUGUCUGCAGGCAGUAAGAAGAUGUCAGGACAUGGCAGUAGCACAGAUGCAGGUGAUGACUCCGGAGAGCUGGACUUCAGUGGUUUACUUAAAAAGAGAGACAGUUUCUUAAAAAGUGGCCAACGCAUGGUCCAGACGAACACUGAGCCCGAGGUGGACGUGUGGGAGAUCCUCCACAAAGCUCCCCCCUCCGAGUAUGAGAAGAUCGCUUUCCAGUACGGCAUCACGGACCUGCGGGGCAUGCUUAAGCGACUGAAGAAGAUGAAGAAGGAAGAGAAGAAGAGUGCAGCUUUCCUCAAGAAGUUGGAUCCGGCCUACCAAAUCGAAAAGGGGCACAAGAUCAAGCUGCAGAUCGAAGUGGCCAAUCCUGAUGCGGAGGUGAAAUGGCUGAAAAAUGGACAGGAGAUCCAAAAAACUGGAAGCAAGUACAUCUUUGAGAGCAUAGGCAACAAACGCUUCCUCACCAUCAACAACUGCUCUCUGUCGGAUGAUGCCGCCUACACCUGUGUAGUGGGCGACGAGAAGAGCUUCACAGAGCUCUUCGUUAAAGAGCCUCCUGUUGUGAUUGUACGUAAUCUUGAGGAUCAGAUGGCAAUGAAGGGAGAUCGAGUUGAGUUUGAGUGUGAGGUGUCAGAGGAAGGAGCCAGUAUUACCUGGCUUUCAGAUGGAGUGGAGCUCACACGUGAUGAAUCCUUCAAGUAUCGCUUCAAGAAGGAUGGUUGCAAGCACAUGCUGAUCAUCAAUGAGGUCUCUAAGGAGGACUGUGGCCACUAUCGCGUGAAGACCAAUGGAGGCCAGUCUGUGGCUGAGCUGAUGGUACAGGAGAAGGAGCUAGAGGUGUACCAGAGCAUUGCUGACCUGACAGUGAAAGCCAAGGACCAGGCAGUCUUCAAGUGCGAGGUGUCCGAUGAGAACGUCAAAGGGAUCUGGUACAAAAACGGAGUGGAAGUGAAGCCUGAUGCCAGGACCCACAUCACACACAUCGGACGGAUCCAUAAACUCACAAUUGAUGAUGUGCGGCCAAAUGAUGAAGGAGACUACACCUUUGUUCCAGAAGGCUAUGCUUUCAACCUCUCUGCUAAACUCAACUUCCUGGAGGUCAAGAUUGAUUAUGUCCCACGUCAAGACCCUCCCAAGAUCCACUUGGACUACACAGGCCAAACUGCAGAUUCUACCAUUUUGGUUGUUGCUGGAAACAAACUGCGAUUGGACGUGCCAAUCACUGGAGAUCCCGCUCCCACUGUGGUUUGGACUAAGACAGGGAAGGUCUUAUCAGAUGCAGGUGGGCAUGUCCACGUGGAAAGCACGAAAGGGCACUGCAUCUUCACUAUAGAGGGGGCAGAACGCCAGGAUGAGGGCGUGUACUCUGUUAUUGUGCGGAAUCCAGCAGGGGAGGACACCGCUGACAUCAAUGUGAAAGUUGUCGAUGUGCCAGACCCACCUCAGGCUCCCAGAAUCCUCAGCGUUGGAGAGGAUUCCUGUAUUGUCCAGUGGGACCCUCCACUAUUUGAUGGGGGCCAGCCAGUUUUGGGCUAUGUUCUCGAGCGGAAGAAAACAAAGAGCUAUAGGUGGAUGCGGCUGAACUUUGACCCCUAUAAGGACACCACAUAUGAGGCUAAGAGGAUGAUUGAGGGUAUGACCUACGAGAUGCGGGUCUACGCUGUGAACUCCAUUGGAAUGUCACGUCCCAGUCCUGCCUCUCAGCCAUUUGUGCCUGUCGCCCCUUCCAGUGAGCCCAUUGGCUUGUGUGUGGAUGACAUCAGUGACACCACGGUUUCACUGAAAUGGAGGACUCCAGAGAGAGUAGGCUCUGCUUCAAUCGAGGGCUAUGGUGUCGAGUACUGCAUUGAAGGCUCUGAUGAAUGGAUCCCAGCAUUCAAGGGCCUCACAGAGAGAACUUCUGUAGUCAUACGUGACCUGCCCACAGGAGAGAAGAUGCAGUUUCGUGUGCGGGCGUAUAACGUGGCUGGUCCCAGCCCCGCUGCCACUCUGCCCCAUGCCAUCACUGUGCGCGAGAUCAUGCAGCGUCCUAAAAUCUGGCUCCCUCGCAAUCUCCGCCAAACACUCAUGAAGAAAGUAGGGGAGACCAUUAACGUGGUGAUCCCUUUCCAGGGGAAGCCAAGACCAAUGGUGACCUGGAUGAAAAACGGCGAGCCUCUCGACCCGAAGCAGGUGAGCGUGAGGAACAGCGACACAGACAGCAUCUUCUUCAUCAGAAAAACAGAACGCAGUGACUCGGGGGUAUAUGAACUCAAGGUGCAGAUUGAGAAUGUGGAGGAUAAGGCCAGUGUGACCAUUCAGGUUGUGGACCUGCCAGGGCCUCCUCAGAACCUGAAGCUGAUGGAUGUGUGGGGUUUUAACGUAGCAUUGGAGUGGAAACCACCCAAGGACGAUGGCAAUUGUGACAUAACUGGCUACACCAUCCAAAAGGCUGACAAGAAGACCAUGGAAUGGUACACAGUUUAUGAGCAGUAUCGUCGCACUAACUGUGUGGUGUCUGACCUGAUCAUGGGGAACGAGUACAUGUUCCGGGUGUUUUCUAUGAACGUGGUAGGCCUGAGCCCAGAGCCCUGCACCUCUAAAAACAGUGCCUAUAUCCAGAAAACAGGUAUGGAGUAUAAGCCACCCUCCUACAAACAGCAUGACUUCUCAGAGGCACCAAAGUUCACACAUCCCCUGGUGAAUCGCUCAGUCAUUGCAGGGUAUAAUGCCACAUUGAGCUGUUCUGUAAGAGGCAUACCUAAGCCCAAAAUAACAUGGUACAAGAACAAGAUGGACAUCUCGAACGAAGCCAAGUACCGCAUGUUCAGCAAGCAGGGAAUCCUGACCCUGGAGAUUCGGAAGCCGUGCCCAUUUGACGGAGGUGUGUACACAUGUAAAGCAGUUAAUGCCAGUGGAGAAGACGUGGUGGAGUGCAAGCUGGAGGUUCGGCCUCAGGUCAUGAAAGAGGAUAUCAAGAAGUGAGACACACAGCAGACUCGUCUCCAGGUUUGGACACAGUGGGACAAAAAUGCUCCCAUUUCAGUCUUCCAAACUCAAAGCUGAACUCAGGACAUCAAAGGUCAUACUGCAGAGUAGAAAGAUUUAAUUGUCGUUAUUUGCUUGUUCACCCAAGUUCAUGCCCGGAUGCCCUAUCUUACAUGCAUCAUCAAUGCUAGAAAUGCAUUGCUUAAUCUUUUCACUCAUCAGCUUUGCUUAUUGUUGUGCUCAUUUCAUUUCGCUGAGGUGGUUGAUCAUUGUGGAGUCUAAUUACCAGUAAACACCAUGUGCUUCACUCUGUUA